AUGUCCUUUGAAGAAAUGCGAUGCUCAACAGAUUUUACAAGCGGUAUUCAUGAACAUCUGAUGUCUUUAUCAGCGGUCAAUAUUUUCCUAUCCAUUGCUGCAGUUCUUGGGAAUACUCUGAUCUUCGUCGCUCUUCGGAGAGAAUCAUCCCUACAUCCGCCGUCGAAGCUUUUGUUUCAUAAUUUGGCGACAACUGAUCUUUGUGUUGGCCUAGUUGCAGCACCCCUUAAUGUUGCCUCUUGGAUGUCUCUGGUUUAUGAAGACUGGGAUGUUUGUCGGUUCUCAGCAAGUGCAUACUUUAUGGUAGGCUACGUGUUGACGUCAGUAUCUUUGUUAACGUUGACUGCGAUAAGUGUGGACAGGCUUCUCGCUCUCUUACUGGGGCUAAGGUAUAAACAGGUUGUAACAUUAAAGCGAACAUAUGCAGUUAUAACCACCUUUUGGUUAGUUUCCUGUGUCGUUGCGCUAUUGUCCCUCGCAAGCCACCGUAUCACUAUUUGGUAUGGCCGUAUUGCUACAGCAUUUUGUCUUACCAUCACGGCCGUCUCAUACACUUACAUUUUCCUCAAGCUUCGUCGCCGUCAAACUGAAGUUCAUGAACGUGUGCAGAAAGAACAUCUAAAGUUAACCGUCCCACUUGACAUUGUGCGAUACAGGAAAGCAGUGCAUAGUGCAGUGUGGGUUCAGCUUGCAAUGGUUCUCUGUUAUCUUCCAUAUCUUGUUGUGAUGGCCUUACGAAGUAACAUAACAAUGUCUUCAUCGUAUUUUAUGGCUUGGGCAGCAUCAGUUUCAUUAGUGUAUUUAAACUCAUCACUUAACCCAUUUCUUUAUUGCUGGAAGAUUGCUGAAGUGAGACAAGUAGUAAAAGAGACAAUUCGCCAAGCGCUUUGUUGCAUGUGCAGUUUUAUCAAUGUCGAUUAAUAAAAAAGCACUCAUUUUCACAAAUUUUAGGGAUAUAAACAAUCAAGAUUGCAAAUCAUUUUAUGUCAUCUUCACUGAUCACUAAGUUUGUGCAGGAAGUAUACAUCCAAGACCAGAAAAAACAGAAACUUUUUUGUUCCACAAAUCAUAAGUAAAUUUUUUAGUGUAAUUUUUCAGAGGAUGCUUUUUAAAGAGUUUGCUUUUCUUCUAAGCAAGCAUCAUGGCUACUGACGUUUCUCUGAGACUUUGAAAAGGAUCAAUAAAAAUGUGCCCAUCAUUAAACGUUCUGGAGUCUAUUGCGGAAAGGUCUUCAGAAGAAAUUGAUUAAGGCAUCUGCCAAGUUUAUCCAAUAACCCUUUACACCCUAAUAUCAGUAUGCAUAUUCUCCAUACAGUUCUCUAUACAUUUCCCACGCAUGGUGCUGACUUGAAGAAUUUGUUUAACGAUCAAGAGCUUCUUUUGUUGGUGAUCAUAUAUUGUAUAACCUUAAUGUGUGGUUUGGGGAUGAUACUGUGAAGAGAAACAAGAUACUAGUCACUCUUAUGGGUCAAAGAGUAAAUAGUUCGCUUGAAAGUAAGAGAGCGGAACUAGCAUGUCUUGCUUUUGCUGUUCUCACUCAUCCUUGUUGCUGAAAUAAUGCAAAUGAAUUGAAAUUAUUUAGAUUUUAGUUAUUUGUGCUCGAUUUGGUGGCGGAUAUUGCGACAGUGAUCAAUUUAACCCUCUGCAAUCACAUUGCGUUUCGUUUCAACUUCGUCUCUGGUUCAUUAUGUUUCUACUAGGUGUUGGAAGAAAAAAAAUUCGUACUUACUAAGAAAAACAUGUCUUCAGAUUUUUUUUUUUCAUUUUAUCAUUAAACGAGUUGCUGACAAGGAAAUAUAGCGAGCAGUACAUUUACUUUUAGAAUACAGUUGAAGUUAUAGUGUGAUUAUGAAGUCUAAAGACCAUGUUUGAAAAGCCAGGGUGGCCCCUAGCCAUCCCUUGGGCGACUUGCCUAUUUUGCUAUUUAAAACAUCCUGCAAAUCUUACCACUGAUUCCAAGUCUUCCCGGAAUAAAGCUAUAUUUGAAUGAUAAUUCACUGACAUUUUUAUCUUGAGGAAUCGAUUGUCCUUCAAAAAUGAGUGGGUAGAUUCCAAACCGGUACUAAAGCCUUCACCUAUCGUCGCCCUUGAGAGAUAUUUUAUAAUACGUACAUGAUGUGAAUGUUUGCUCGCAAAAAGUCUGGGGUUGGUUUAAGUAUAACGAGUCCAAAUUCCUGGCUCCAACACAGGUACAAAGAUGAAACACUCAUGAUAAAAAAAAAAAUUUAUAAGCUUUAGAAAUAGAAUCGAUUCAUUGCAAUAAUUUCUAGUAAAGUGGGAUGAAGUGUCUAGGCGUGUAUUUAAUGUUAAUGCACGCUCUAACACUCGUCGUGGGUGGUCGUCUCGUACGUUAAUUAAAUGAAUACAGAAAGUUUUUUUAGACCUUAAGAAUCAACAAUAUUUUCCUGAUCAUUUUUUUCUGUUUACUUCUCCUUUUUUUGACUUUUUCGAUGAAAAUACUUAUCCUACUUGAAAGUAUCCUUAUUUAUGUAAAAAACAAGCAUACGCCGAGACCGCCCUAACUGGAUUUACAGUGCAAGUUUGCCAAAUAUGGUGAAGGAUAAAAUUUGUUGAGCGAUCAGUUCGCUCUCAUGUAAACUGACUGGAGCUGAAUCAUUUCUUGAGCGCCGUGGUGGCUAAGUUCAGAUAGGACAACUACUAGCGUCAGUCUCUCGCAAGCUCAAGAACUUGAAAAAUAAAGCUUGAAUUGGAAGACGGGAUUGUUUUCUCCUAAAAAUAUGGAUCCCAGAAAGGAAGCUUUUGUCUUUAUUUGCCAAACGUCAAAUAUCGCACCCGUCUAAAUUUUACAAAAAAAAGGUGCCGUGCUUCAAUCAAAGCUAUGACGUAGAAGACCAUGCUUUGGCCCAUUUUUUCAUAUUCCAGAAAAAUCGUUUGUUGGAUUAAAAUUUCUGUCUCGUAUGUUUGAAUACGUAACGACAGGCGAAAAGCUAUUAAAAAUAGAGACCUAGCUUGCGAUGUAAGUUAAGAACUAGAUAAACAUUGUAACCUCACAUGAUGUACACAUAAUGGAGCGACGAUAACGGUAAAGGCAAACUCAAGUGUAGAUGAAAAAAUUGAAACACUUGUACAACUGCGGUGCUUGGAAGGCUGGACAAACGGAAUACACGGAGAAUUGACGUCCAUUUCAGCGCUUAACAUAUUUUUGGCCGUUACUGCUUUUCUUGGAAAUACUCUAAUCCUUGUUUCUCUGCGGAAGGAAUCUUCCCUUCGUCCGCCCUCAAAACUCCUACUUCGUUGUCUGGCCGCCACUGAUCUUUGUGUUGGCAUUAUUGCACAACCUUUCCAAGUUGUUUACUGGCUGUCGCUGGUUUACAAGGAUUGGAAUCUUUGCCCCUAUGCUCUUAACACGACCUUCAUAACAGGCUAUACUUUGACGUUGGUGUCCAUGUUGACACUGACUGCAAUCAGUGUGGACAGACUCCUCGCGCUGAUACUUGGGCUGAGAUACAAACAAGUUGUAACUUUAACACGAUAAAUAAAUAAGGUCAUUCUAUUAUUCUAUCAGAAUUAGCGUCAUUUAUACUCUUGCACUAGCUGAAGAUGACACAUGCCUCACAUGCUCAUGCCUCACAUGCCCAUGCCUCACAUGAAGAUGACGCCUGCCUCCUUCAACUUGUCUCUUCAGUGACCGAGGGCAUGUAAGAAAAUUUUAUAUCCGGCUUGCUUCAGGUUCAUACACAGCAUCGUGAAUAUUCUUCUCCUCUAGCGUAAAAACUGUGACAGGAGUUAAUAAUUGAAGCGAUAUGCCCUCAAUGUUUUUCUUUUAUUGAGAAUAAUUCAAAAGUUCUGCUAAAACUCUAGUUAGGCUUUGAAACUACUCAGUUAAGACGCAGGUUGAAAUUAAGAAGGGAGGCAAUUUAUCCACAGCCUCUCCGAAAUUAAGAGAGUCUCAAAGUUUUCAUCGAGUCCUUGAGUAUCUAAAAGUGUUUUUAGAAAAACACAGAAAUCGUUAAAAAAGGAGAUAUCCUCAUAUCUACGCUGUUCAUAUCAUAGUAAUACAAAAUUAUUACUGAACCCUCGCAAAUAAUGCACUUUUUUCCAAGGGAGGCAUUUAUUCUUGCAGCUGUGGUCGUGUUGCUUAAAUUGAAAGGUAUCAUUGAUAAUACCCGUUUGCAGAAAAACCUGUUUAAAAAGUAGGCCAUGAGAAAUCUUAACUAGUAAGGCAAAACGCUCACAGCGUCUAUCUUGUACGUAAUAUUGCAAAAUUGUGGUUGAAGCCGCGGCGUGCGUAGAUAAAUCGGUUUUGAAGCAGGGAAAACGAUGUAAUUGAAGAAAUGCGCAUUGAACGUCUCAUCAGUCCAUUUAAGGCAAAAAAUAUUUCAAAACCGUUUUCGAAGCGGGAAAAAGUUUAUUAGUAAGGCAAUAGGACCUUAACUCGUCUCGUGGUGAUAAUUAUACGAAAUUUGUUAUUAAACCUGAGCGCAACGAAACAAAUGCCUUGGAAACAAAGACAUUGGCAAGUGAGGAAACAACACGACACAAUUUCUCACGUGAUGAUUGCAAUGAAAAAACAUGUAACUCAUAAGGCUUAGUGCAGACAAAAAUAACUCUAAAAGCAGACGGGUCGUUAUAAAAAGGGGCAUAUAUACUCACUUGAAAUAUUGAAUAUAACCAUUUAAAAUGAAAAUUAAAAGAAGACAGUAAAAGACAGGUUCAAUUUUUAUCUAUAUCAACUUAAAAAUCUAGGAAAACAAAACUUUAUUGUACAUCUUAGUGAAUACACUCACGUCAGAUCACGAAACAUAGAACAACCAAUAGCGGGUGCACUACGCAUCUAAGAGGAUUUUCGGCGAACUGCUGAAUAAAGAAAAAACUUACCGCCACCUGCAUGUUAGUCGUGAAAAAGAGGGUACGGGGCUUUUAAGUCCAUUAAUGACUGGCAGGUUUCUAAAAAGCAUCAAAGAGUUACUCACCUAGAAAACAACAAAUAACUCCUUUUUGCUCAUUACGUAAUACACCAUUCACGUGUGGCUACCGGGCAAACAACACAGUUUCCAUAGCGACAAGCACUGCCACCGAUUAUAAUUCUUUUAAAUCAAGGCAGGCAGAUCUCACGCUGCGGCAAAGAUCCCAUGCUAGAUUUUCGAUGGUGACAUUGAAUCGUAUCACCCAGAAAGCCAUUUUUUUAACCAGUGACAAAGCAGUUAGUUAAGAUUAAAUACGCUUCUGUAGUACUUAAACUUACAGCGAGCAGUUACAAGCUGAAAACCGCGGGUAACUAACAAUACCGAAAGCACUUAAUAUCAUUUGAUCAUCAGUAGCGUGCUUAUUGUGGUUUCUUCAUGUGCACGUGCGUAUGUUUGCCGCUUGCGUCCAAUGCGGUAAUUUAUGCCUACAUAGUUCAGCUAGGAAAAAUGGAUAUUGAUAUGUUACCAAAUUAACACACUUGACACACAGUAACUAACAUUUUUUUCAUCAGUUUCUGCUCAUGGCGCUCAUCGCCGACAAAUUGACACUAGAAUUCCCAAGUCUUCCAUCACAAUUGACAUUUAAACGCUCUUCAGCGAGGUUUUAUAGACUACUUCUCUACCAAUUUGACAAUUUUCUAGAUAUCUUCUACUUUAAAGUGAUCUUAAAAAAUAGGCUAAGUGCACAGGAAAUCAUCGAAUCUAUUUAAUAGAGUAGCUGUGCUCUGGUACAAUAAAAAAAAAAAAAAAAAAGAAAAAAAGAAAAGAAAUGAAAUACGGACAGUUGGGAAAAUGUUACUUAAAAUGCCAUGUCCAUCACAAGGAUAAAGUGUGAAAAUGCUACUUAACGGGCACUGUUUUGAUGCACAGUUUUUUUUCCAUAUUUCACUCUAAAAUUCUUCAUACUGCUCUUGACGUGUCCUUUAUAAAGUGAACAUGCUAAUUUUCUUUCUUUAAAAUAUCAUGCAGCUUUUAAGUAAUAUCUGUUCAUAUGUACCCCGGAACUUUUUCAGUGAUCAGGAAGUAUUUAAAUAAGUCGCUGAUUAUAAGCGGCGUAAUAUUCAUUCAUGUGUCUCUUCAAUGGGCAACAAGGACUUUGUAAAUCAAUGCAUAUAAAGUCACAGAUGUUUUUGUGCUUUUUGUGUUUUUGUUGUUGAUCCUUAGCGCUGAUUUACAGCAAAGCGUUCAUUAUUCAAUGUCAAGGUCAUUUAGAUUAUUCAAAGAAUGAAAAUGCCCUUAAACCCAAUUUAAUAGUAUGGGAGCGAAAGGAAGCAAGAAAUUAAAAACCUUCAAUUUUCAAAAUCCCUUGACUGGCAAGAUAAAUUGUUGUGGGGGAUUAUUGGCUGUCUUUGAGAAUAGAAAUUAGUCGUCAGUGUUAAUAACUUUAGGAACAUUUCCAUGCAAUUAUAACCGCUGAUGUCAAUUAAGAGUAUUUAACGAACUAGCAAAUGAAACGUGCUAAAAGCUUCUUUCCGCCUCGCGUUGCUUCUGACCAGUUCUCAAUUACGAACUAUUACCGACUUCUUUCGAAGAACUCUGCUCUUUAUCUCCCAAACUCAUCAUAUUCCAUUUUAACCAGUUAUUGUCGAUCACUAACAAGCAACGCGUUUUUCUUCCACGGCUCCAAACAGUUCUCAUAUAUCCAGGCCAAUAUUAUCUUUAAGUUCAAAGAACACAUGCCUUCUUCAGAACUUACGAUCCAAUAUCGGUUGGCAGCAUAAACGCGUUAACUUUCAGUUGUCUUCUUGGUGGAAAAUCCCAACAAUAUUUAACAGAGAACUAAUGCCUUCCUGGUAUUGUUGACUGUCUUGAUUUAACUCGUAGAAUGAGCAUUUUAAGAAAGGGGUAAGGAAAGACAACUUUUAUCAGAAGGCGCUAUAGCCAUAGCCAGUGUCACAUUAUUAAGGAGAUAUUUAGCCAGGAUCUUAGAAUGACAGCCCCAGAUGUGCAUCCUAUUUUUAGCGUACUUCCCUUUAAAAGUCUUAAUACAUCUUCAUAAUUAGACGCAAUGAGGACCGAUUGUACACCCACUUUAUCCAUUUGUUUAAUUUUUGGAAAAAAUAAAGUAAUGACGCAAUCGUAGACAUAAAUUUACCAAUAAAAGAAACCCUCGGGUGAUAAGAAGUCUUAAACUUACCGAAACAGAGAACAUGGCUGGACUGAACUUAACGGUUCAUGUAAGACAGAAGGAAUCAUUUGAGGAACUGCUUUGCUCCAGCACAUUGAGAAAUGGAAAUCAGGAAUACAUGCUAUACCUCUCAGCAAUCAAUAUUUUUCUUUCCAUUACUGCAGUUAUAGGUAAUUUUCUGAUCCUAGUUGCUCUUCGGAAGGACUCUUCCCUUCAUCCACCGUCCAAACUCUUGUAUCGUUGUCUCGCAACAACUGAUCUCUGCGUUGGUCUGAUUGUAGAACCUCUCCAAGCUGCCUACUUGAUGUCCGUAUAUAAUGAACACUGGGCUCUCUGUCGAUACCUACUUGUGACAGUUUAUGUAACUGGUUACGGACUUACUUCAAUUUCUCUGUUGACUCUCACUGCAAUAGCCGUUGACAGACUUAUUGCCCUCUUACUGGGGCUUAGAUACAAAGAAACUGUGACUUUGAAGCGGAUAUAUCUCAUUCUAGCGAUCUUUUGGAUUGUGUCCUCUAUCGCAGCAGGAUCGUACGUUAUCGAUUACCGAAUAGUUUUUUGGUGCAGUCGUAUAUUUACACCAAUAGGUUUGAUUAUCUCUAUUGCAUCGUAUACGAAGAUAUUCUAUACAUUAAAUCGUCACCAAAUGGUAGUUAAAGACCGUUUUCAACACGCACAGUCGAGCCAAGCAGUCCCACUGAACAUGGCGCGAUACAGGAAGGCAGUUUACAGUGCAUUGUGGGUGCAGCUGGCAUUAGUUGCUUGUCAUCUACCAUACAGCACAGUUGUACUUUUGCUCAAUCGUAUGAGGUUGCGCAAUGCAUCUUUAACGUACAUGGUUGUUUGGGGAGUAACAGUGACUCUAGUUUUCUUCAACUCAUCGUUAAACCCGUUUCUUUACUGUUGGAAGAUAUGUGAAGUGAGACAAGCAGUAAAGAAGACAAUCAGAUACGUUUUUCUUUGCCGUAAGCGUUAG